CGGCCGCAACUUUCUCGCCCCUCUCGCUCUCUCCUCUUCGCUUCCUUUCCUCCCCCUCCCUCUCUCCCCUCCCCUCUUUCCUUCCCCCCUUUCCUCCCCCUCCCCCCCGCCCCCCCGCCCCGCCAUGGCAUUUUCCCAGUUGGGCUACCAGUACAUCCGCCCGCUCUACCCGACAGAGCGUCAAGGGAACAGCGGCUCCCGAAACGGGACAGAGCUCAGCCCGUCCGGAUCCCUCUGCAGCGUCUUGUCUUCCAUGUACGGCGCGCCUUACGCGGCAGCCGCGGCUGCUCAGGGCUACGGGGCCUUCCUGCCUUACGCGGCCGAGCUUCCCAUCUUCCCGCAGCUGGGCACCCAGUAUGAGCUGAAGGACAGUCCCGGCGUCCAGCCCCCGGCCUUCCCGCCCCCCCACCCAGCUUUCUACCCUUACGGGCAGUACCAGUUCGGCGACCCAUCCAGGCCCAAGAACGCCACGCGCGAGAGCACCAGCACGCUGAAGGCCUGGCUGAACGAGCACCGCAAGAACCCCUACCCGACCAAGGGCGAGAAGAUCAUGCUGGCCAUCAUCACCAAGAUGACCCUCACCCAGGUCUCCACCUGGUUCGCCAACGCCCGCCGGCGCCUCAAGAAGGAGAACAAGAUGACCUGGGCGCCCCGCAGCCGCAGCGAGGACGAGGAGGGCACCGCGUACGGCAGCGAGGACGGCGAGGCCGACAAGCGCGAUGCCGACGACGAGGAGAUCGACCUGGAGAGCAGCGACACCGAGCCCGUGGAGAGCGGGGCGGCCGGAGCCGGCGCCCCGGGCGGGCAGCUGCUCCUGCACGUCGGGGAGGACGAGGAGGAAGACGAGGAGGGCGCCCAGGCGGCGGCGGCGGCGCUGCGCCUGCCCUCCCCGCAGGAGGCCCGCGCUGGCAGUGACAGCGACUCGGAGGAGGAGGAGGAGGAGGAGGAGGAGGAGGAGGAGUGCUCCGACGGCUUCGAGGAGCUGUCCGGCGCUCAGGAGCGCUUCCUGAAGGCGGUGGAAGCGCGGCGGCGCUCCUCGGCGGCCCACCCGUCCUCCCCGCCGGCCCUCCGAAGCCCCAGCCCGGCCCCGCAGCCUGCCCCGCCGCCCAAGCCCAAGAUUUGGUCCUUGGCAGAGACCGCCACCAGCCCGGAUAACCCUUCGCGCAAAUCGCCCCCUGGCGGCGGCGGAGGCUCCCCCCAGGCCGGCCCCCAGUGCCUUCCGCUGGGGGCGGCCCCGCAGCCCGCCCCGGGCGCCGCCGCCGCCGCCGCCGCCGCGCACAGACUGGUCUCCGCCUGCCCGCUGGGCAAGUUCGCCGGCUGGUCGGGCCGGCCCUUCCCGGCCGCCCCCCCUCACCCGCCCCACCCGCUGACCUUACUGAACACGCCCCACCUCUUGGGACUCGCGGGGGGCAGCCCCAGCACGGCUCCGGCGGCGGCGGCGGCGGCGGCGGCAGCGGCGGCGGCUCUCGCGGCUUUCUCCAGACCCGCAGACCAGGCGCCGAGCGCGGAAGCCUCCGGAACAGAUCGAUCUAGUGCCUUGGAAGUAGAGAAAAAGUUAAUAAAGACAGCUUUCCAGCCAGUUCAGAGGCGGGCCAAGGGAGAUCUAAUUCUCUCCCCCUCAAAUGCUAAUUCUACAAUAAAUUUAAAUUCAAUAAAACUCUGCAUAUCCCAGGAAUCCUUGAUUAGCAUCGUACCUAUUAGUUCAGACCCAGAUGAUGAGAUAUAUUGCUCUUUAAUAUACACACACCCAAAUACGUAUUUUCUCUAUCCCUUCUCUUCUAGGCCUCAGAACCAACUUGAUGCAGCUAUGGUUCUAUCUGCAUUGUCAUCAUCAUAGUUAAUUUUUUAAAAUUAUUGUUCUAAUGAAUGUAAAAUAAAAUUCUCUGUAUAGUUACAGCUUGUACGCAUGUCUGUGUAUUAAAUGAAAAAAAAAUAAGCGUGAGGGGGGAGAAAUCCAAUUCUGUACUAUCAUCUGGAUUAGCUGAAUUUGUGAAGUAUUUUGGAAGUCUGGUGAGAAAUAGACAUUUUUUUUUUGUAUAUAUAGAGUAAAACUCUCUCUCUCACACACAAAUGUACAUACUUGUGAACCAAACUGUACAAGAAAGUAUAUAUUUUUGGCUAAUAAACUGU